UCUUGGGUGCCCAGAAAUGCGUUCAUUCUCUGGUCUCGCUGUCUCAUGCAGUGACCCAAUUCCAAUGCGUCCUCCAUUGUUUGCAAUCCGCUUCCAAUAUCUAGCAGCAUUGCUAAUUUCAUCCCGAUUACGCCUAAUUUGCAUGCGCAAAGAGAAGGCUUUGUUGUGAUGCUCUUGUGUCAUGUUGUGUAGUUGGCAUGUCUGAACUCGAGCUAGGAAGUCUGCUCCAAUUUGUCGACAAUUACUAGCGCUGGGGUUCUCUUUAGUGUUUUCUCUUUUCUCAUUUAAUUCGGAGGUGAUACAGGGAUUGGAAUUAAGUUUUUUUACAUUUUUUUUAUAAUUGUGUGUGUGUGUGUUGGGGAGAAGAGAGAUCCGCGUUUGCAAAAUGGUUUUAGUAGAACCGCUGCGAGUUUUGAAUUCGAGAAGUAGAUUCUAUGGAUUGCAGUCGUGCGUCAGUCGAUGUCCAGGGACCUUAGUUGUGACCAAAGGAUGCGUGAUUACCGCGAAAGCCUCAAAUUCUCCACAUGGGGUGGAAGUGAGGAGACGAGGUGGUGAUAAUGUUCAUAGUGGCAGGGUUUCGCGUCGUGAUUUGGGGUUAUUUGGCAUUUCGUUGCCCUUGCUAGCGGGAUUCGCAUCGAAUUUGGAAGCCGAGGCAGCGUCAAGGUCAGUGCGGUUGAAGGAUGUGGAAUAUCCCAAACUGCAGGAAGCAUUGCGUGCAGCCGUGGCGGGGGAUUUGGAGAAAGCGGAGACCAUGUUCUCUGAGCUCAUUGAAGAGGAUCCGAAGAGCGCCAGUGUGUGGUCCAACAGAGGUAGCGUCCGUGUCUCCUUGCAGAAGUAUGAGCAGGCCGCCGAGGAUUUCACGAAGGCUAUCGCUCUCGCCCCUGACGCACCUGUGCCGUUCCUAAACCGUGCAAUUUCGUAUGAGGCGAUGGGACGCUUCGACGAUGCUAUUGCGGAUUGCAAGACAGCCAUCAUUAAUGAUCCUGAGGAAUACGCAGCGUGGUUUAAUCUGGGUAAUGUGGAGGUCCGGGUACGCGAUUACGAUGCCGCAUUGAAUGCGUAUUCUCGAGCGUCCAGACUGGCCCCAGGAAUUGCUGGGUACCGUCUAAAAGAAGCACUCGUUCUCUUUGAGCUGAACAGAUUAGAGGAGUGUAGGAAACUGGUUCAGGGCCUCGUUCGGAAGUAUCCAAAUUAUGCAGAGGCUCAUGCUGUAUUAGCAGCUGUAUUGUGGAAAGAAGGUAACCGUGAUCUGGCUGAAGGGCAGUUUUCAGAAGCAACUGUUCGGGAACCAAGAUACAAAGAUAUCAGGUGGGUCGGGAAUGAGCUACAGUGGCCACCGGGACUCAUGACUGCUAUGGGCAAGUUCCUCAAUAUCACUUACUGAGAACAGCAUUGCGCACAAUUCCCAGUUCUGUAAAACACACAACUUCGUCAUUUUGUGAACAUGAGUGAUCUUUUGCAACAGAAUAUAUACCUAUUGUUAGUGAAGUAUGUGAAGUUUGUAAGUUUGUGAAAGAAACACUUUGAUUAUAUGGAGAGAAUGAGUCUACGAAUAUGGCCCUUCAUGGAGUCUACACAACCCUUUUAAUGUAAAAACCUCAUCGUUGGCUUGCUGUCAGUAAAUUACAUACCAGUUAAAAAUCAUGAGUAUAGAAUGUACAAGUUCAGUAUCUGUGAAAAGAGCUAUCACUUUUCUGA